GGUUGCCGGCGCGGAGCCGGUCGUACCGUGGCGCGGCACGGGGAAUAAUGCGUGUUAGACGACGUUGCGACGUUGUUGUUGCACGCCGUACGGGACGAAAACGACGAAGACCGUACGCGGAGGAGGAGUACGCGAGUGGGCCAGCGAGCGGCCGACCACGAGGAGGACCGCUAAUACGUCGAGCAGCAGCAGCACCACCGUCGCGGCGGCUGCGGCAGCGCAAUUAUGUACACGUACGGCUCCGAGAUCACGUAGUGUCGGGCGUGUAAUUAUGUUGUUAUCGUCGUCGCGAGGCGCGUCCUGCGUAGCAGCCUCACGGUGAAACUCUGGCGUGAACGGUUCCGCGGCGGAACGGGGAACAUGGCGUCGGUCGCGGACGAGACCCCAGCCAGCCAUGGGCACAGCUUUAGCAAGAAGACGUUUCACAAGCCAACGUACUGCCACAGCUGCACGGACAUGCUCUGGGGUCUCAUACAGCAGGGGUACAUCUGCGAAGUUUGUAACUUCGUGGUGCACGACCGCUGUCUCAAGGCCGUCGUCUCUCCCUGCUCCAGCAUCGCGGCAAGCCUGAUAAAAAACCCGGUUGCACACUGUUGGUCCGAACAAGCAAAAGAAAACCGCAAAAAGAAAUUCUGCAACGUCUGUCGGAAGCGAUUGGAUGACACAUUGUCCGUACACUGCGAGAUAUGCGAGUACUUCGUGCAUGUUGAAUGCCAAGACUUCGCGGUAGCAGACUGCAAGGAGAAUGCGACGUAUGUACCUGGGAAGGACCUGUCAGCGGUGAAACAUACUCACCACUGGCGGGAAGGCAAUCUUCCGAACAGCUCUAAAUGUGCGGUAUGCAAGAAGGGUUGUUUUUCUGCCGAGUGCCUUUCCGGGUUCCGUUGUGAGUGGUGCGGCAUGACGUUGCACGCGUAUUGUUUGAAGAAUAUUAGCCAAGAAACGUGUACCUUCGGUAACUUGGAACCAAUUUACCUGCCACCACAUGCGGUUAGUAUUCCGCGUACCGAACUUCCCAUGGAAGUCAUCCUUGGAGUACAAAUGCGUCGUAAAGAAUUGCUGGCGCAUAACAUCGAAGAGCAAUUCGAAUUCGCUGAGAGUGAACAAAACGGGGCUGCAGGCCGUCUAGCCGAAGCUUUGAGGCGCCUUUCGCUAGUUUUGCUGCCAAGUAGCUGCCAUGGACAUUGUUAUGCUUCCCCUCCUUAUGUUCAAGCGCGUAGCAUAUCAGAAGAAUUUAGCGAUUUGAGGUUUCGUGACAAUGAAGAAUCGGCACAGGGUAUAUCGCACAGCCGCGAUUCGCAAAAAUCUCCGAAAGAAAAAGAAGACAAAGAAAGAGGUGACGAAGAGAUGAUCAAGGUGUACGAUGGCAACAACUCGGUGAGGCAACAAAUAUUUCGUGUGAUCUCGGUACCCAAACAGGCUACAACGGAGCAGAUGCUCACAUUGGCGUUACGCGCAUUUCACAUCACCAAAGAUCCUAGCAACUUUUUCUUAACCGACCUGUAUGCCGCGGAAGAAACCGAAUUAUGCGAUCCGACGCCUGUCUUAAAUUUAAAUCGCAAAGAAGGCAAACGUCCGGCUGUGUUCUUACGAUUUAAAGAUAACGACAGCGGAGAGGUGCGAGUUUAUUCAGGCAAACUGCAGGUAUCAGAGUCAUUCUGUCUAGUACCUGUCACCGAAACAUCUACAAUCGAGGACUUGAUCAAAGAUGCACUUGAAAAGUUUGGUUUACAUGAUUUGGAUCCCAAUGACUAUAUGUGUAGCGAAACUCUCUUAGACCACGGCGUGAUUGAAAGAAUUUUACCUCUGGACGAAAGACCUUGGGACACUGUCAAGAAGUUGGGAAAAGAAUCUAUUAGACAAAUGGAACUAAUGCGAUUUUACAUACAAUCGAAACAAGAUCCUCACGGACCUAACUUAGCUUUGUUCGUAGGCAAUUUGCCGAGAAGUCUUUCCGAAAGAAGCUACGAAAACAUGUUAAUAGAUUUUUUAGGAGAAGAAAAUCGGUUCUCAUUAAUUGGCCCAAUUUAUUACGAGCACGGUUCGAUGGUUAUCAUAUACGAGGACGCGAAUAAAGCGGUUAAAGCGUUAUACAUACUACGAGAGUCGAAGUACGAAGACAAGCAACUUCUAGUGAUGCUAUUGCCAAGCAUCGAGCCAAGUAUGGUUCCAUCGAAUGUUCAACCGCUGCUCGUGUUUGUAAACGUGAAGUCUGGCGGUUGCCAAGGACUCCAAUUAAUUUCCAAUUUUCGUAAACUGUUAAAUCCCUAUCAAGUGUUCGAUCUUGGUAACGGUGGACCUCUUCCUGGACUUUACGUUUUUCGUCAAAUAAAAGAUUACAAGAUAUUGGUUUGCGGUGGCGACGGAACAAUAGGCUGGGUAUUGCAAUGUCUGGAUAAUGUGGGACAGGAUAGCGAAUGUUCGUCUCCCGCUUGUGCUAUCGUACCUUUGGGAACGGGAAACGAUCUCGCUCGCGUAUUAUGUUGGGGUUCGGGAUACACAGGUGACGAGGAUUCGCUAAGUUUGCUGCGAGACGUUAUCGAUGCGGAAAAAAUAACACUGGACAGAUGGACCGUAGUUUUUCAUCCGGAACAAGAAAAGGAUCAGAUUCAAGCGGGCUCAAGUAACAUGGCUGGCGUUACUUCGACCAGCGAAGAUAACACUCAAAUACACGUAAUGAACAAUUAUUUUGGCAUCGGACUCGACGCGGAUUUAUGUCUAGAUUUCCAUACAAUGAGAGAAGAAAAUCCGAACAAGUUCAACAGUAGAUUUCGAAAUAAAGGCGUAUAUAUAAGGAUAGGUUUACGCAAAAUGGUUAAUAACAUCCGUAAUCCGGGCGUAGACCUACAUAAAGAAGUUCGGUUGGAGGUAGACGGUAAAUUGAUCGAGUUACCACAAGUGGAGGGAAUAAUUAUUUUAAAUAUCUUGAGUUGGGGUUCCGGUGCUAAUCCUUGGGGAAGUAAACAGGCUAAAGCGAAUCAAUUUAAUAGACCAAAUCAUUGGGACGGUAUGUUAGAAGUUGUCGGAGUCACGAGCGUUUUCCAUCUCGGACAAAUACAAUCAGGUCUGCGCGGGGCCAGAAGGAUAGCACAGGGCGGACACAUAAAAAUUCACUUAAACUCAGGCAUACCUGUACAAGUAGACGGUGAACCGUGGAUUCAGAAUCCCGGAGAUAUUGUAGUUUUGAAAUCAGCACUCAAGGCUACGAUGCUGAAGAAGACUAAGGGUAAAAUGAAGCGGGACGAUACGGAAUCCAGCAUGCAGGCGCUUCAGGCUGCACCAUCGAACGAUGCAGAUGAAGAUAAGACUGGUCCGAGUGAAUAAAUAAGUAAUGUGAAAGUGUGAAAUCAAUGGCGUUGCGAUGGCGCGCGCGCGCGCGCGCGUCAAAACAAAAGAAAAACAAAACGUAUUACAGAACUCGAUCGAUUAGCGUACGUAACAAAAUAAAAUCGGCCUUGAAAUCGUCCGAUGGCGGUUGCGCUACACGAACUUAACAUAAGUACUUAACUGUGAAAAAAAAUGCGAGAGAGAUUUCAUUCGAGGAUGUGUAACAGAGAGGGACAGGUAGAUAAAAUUUUCAAUUACACAGAUACGCCGUAUAUACAGCAUAAAAUCCAUUAUCUCAACUCAAUGAUUCUCUUAAUGUUUGUUCUUGUAUUAAUAGACGAAAAUAGAUCGAAGAAACAAGAAAAAGGGCAAUUGGAGCCGACGCAGCUCUUGAUGCGCGAACUUGAUUGUUUGUUUCUUUCUUCUUUCUGGUGUUUACAAAGAAAGAUAUGCGUUUCGAUCGCAAGUUCACGUCCUCAUUAGUGUACGCAACAACAAUAAUAGUUUGAGUCAGUUUGACAAAUUAAAUCUAAUUCAAUUGAAUUAGUUUUCAAUCGCGGAAGAUAAGAAUCUCUUUCGCCGUUGAUAAAAUAAGGCUUCUAAGCAAGUAGAAACUUUGUGCUCAUUAGUUUCAAACGAACGAGCGAUGCUCGUCGGUCAAAGAUAAGACACGUACAGUCAAAUCUCGCUAACACUAAAAACUACGAAAUCGAAUUUUCAUUCAUUUCCCACAUGGAGAAACGCUUACUUUGAACGCUUCUACGAGCAGAAGAAACAAUUUAACCUAUGUUCUGUUAUGUGAGUUUUAUGUGUUGUUGUCAACGUGCCUUCAGCCUCUAUUGAGAUUUUUUUAGCACACUAUAAAACUUUUGUUAUUACAGAAAAUAGGUUAAAUUAUUGAGAGCCUCGUGUUUAUCAACGGUGAUUCUAUCUCGCGCGAUUGACUGUAUAAUUCAAACAACAACUGGAAGUACAAACUUCGUUGUGAUACAAGACAAAUUCAUUCUUUUCUAGUUGCUGAAUAAAGUUAAAACAAAUAUCUGCCAUCAUAUAAAAGUGUUAACGUUUAAAAAUGAAACAAAAAGGAUUUGCUAAUUCUCUAGAAACAUUUAUACUUUUUGUUGCAUCCUUGUCUAAAGUAACUUUCUGUCUUCUUAUCCGGCUAUUCGUUCAAUCGAAUCUGCCGGUUUUGGUCGACUUGAAUUUGUUUAUUAUUCUUGCGCGCCGAUGAGGACCCAAAAACGAACGGUCGCAACACAUGUGUUUCUUGCGCGCGCGUUAAAAAAAGAAAGAAAUGUAACAAAAAAUUUGCGCACGAAGGAACCGCGUUGAGACUCUUGUCGCAAUUCUCUUGUUUCCUCGAUGUUAUAUCCUCUUAGAGCUCUUUAUUGCGCGAAAAUAGAUCUCAUUUUUAAAUGUUACUGAUUCUAGCAUUGUAGCUUGUCGAUCGAUAUAUUUUUUUUUUUUAAUCAAAUUAUAAUAGAUUCUUGAAACAUACAAUAACACACAUCUAACCACAUACAUACAUACAUACAUACACACACACACACACACACACACACACAAAACAGUAUUGAAGAAACUUUCACGCUUACUUAUGACUACGUUGAUGAUUUGUAUAUAUAUAUUUACGUUCCACAAACUUACUUAGGUGAGAAAAGAGAGGAACACACAUUAACGUAUAUUAAAAAAAAAAAAAAAAACCCAUCUUGUCAAGAAAACUCAGUUGUUAAUAAUAUAUAUAGAGAAUAUUUAUGAUUAAAAAAAUAUUAAUAUAUAUUUACACACAUACUACUGUAUUAGUAUUUACGAUCUUUCAGUUGUGAUAAUUGUUAUGUAUGUCUGACUGCUGGGCAGUCUGGGAAUUCGUUGAAAACCAGUAGCAGUCAGUUUUCUAUAAAUUACGAUUAUUAUAAAUAAGGAGUUUAAUGUAACUUUCGUAUUGCGAGAUCAUUAGCGCUUUGCCGAUUCGUCUCCGCGCGGGAUGACAAAACAAUAACGAACGCAAUUACGAAUUGGAACAGAAGAGUCGGAUUGGCAACGUACUAACUUGUACUGACUCCUGUUAAGUUAGUCCCUCCACCGUACAAAGAUAUACAUCCGCACUUGAAACUACAAAAACUACGUCUCCGUUCUCUUCGAGCACCACUUGAUUCGGCGUUUUUGAAUAUUUUGGCAGAGUGAAGUUGCGCACUUAUAAACUAUUCAAGAUAUUUACGUACACGUUCUUUGUAAAUAAAUUUAAAUCAGAAAAAAAUCGAAGAAGAAAAAAAAAGAUUUGCCGCGCGAGAAAAAAAGAAACUAACAAACGAAUGUCAGAAUCACACGAAAGAAACGCGAGAGAAGGCGUACGAACGAUCGCCUCGCCACUUUUAAUUUUCUCGGACAAAAUCCGAGUACUUAAUCUGUGUUUUAAUUGAGCACCUAAUUAGUUUCUUUGUAGAUGCGAAUGUAUUUUCAUAUGGUGAAGGGAUAGACUCAACAGACAUCUUCUACUGACUUCGACGAGGUCAAAGUAAUGUGACUAAAGUCCGACGCAACCGAUCUACACAUUCCAGCUUUAUAAUAUGGCGAAAAACAUGUAUAUUUACUAUAGCCGUCUCGUCGCCGAGUGCGAUCACACGCUUAACGAGAGACCGUGUUUUUCGCCAAAAAAAAAAAAUAAAAUACGACCACGUAUGCAGUACAGUAGACUCCCCGAUAUAAGGCCGUAAGAACGUAUCCCCGGUUCUUUCACGUUUACAUGUAUGUACUUUCAACAAACACUCUUAUAGUUUGUCACCUUUUCCCCCACGUUACGUACGCAGGCGCUCUCGCUCGGCAUACGCAACUCAACAAAUUUCUUCGCACAAUCUAGAACAGCGCUGGUCGGCAAGGAGGAUGUUUUCGAUAAGAACAGACCUUUCUCGAUCCCCCCACACAGUUCCCUUCGAUACCAAACUUUAUAUCGGGAGUCCACUGCUUAAUUAACUUAAAAUCGUCGCGCCAAGGCUGCUCGUUCGGACAGCUUGCUUUCGUGCCGAAAACGUCAUUCCGUCUUUACUCAAUGAAACGCAGAAUGAAACGUAGAUGGGACAACGUUUUUAGCGAAAAAUAAAUUAAAAGAAUAUAAAAAAGAAAAAACAAAAAACAAGCUAUCCAAACGCACAAGGUCUGAGCGUUCGCAACGAGCGACGAGAUUGAGACGAGAUCCUGCGCGUACCGGAAGCAAUUACAUUGUUUCCGUGCUUCCACGAACUUUGGCACAUCUCAAAUGCGAUGUAUCUCACAUCUCAAAACAUUAAGACAACGUGCCAAAAAAAAACUUGUAUAUAAUAUUAUAAAAGUAGAGAUUAUAUAUAUAUAUAUAUACACACAUAUAUAUAUAUAUAAAUAUAUAAGAGACGACGGGUUGUCUGAUUGAGAGAUAAUCGUUAACCGGCAUUUAAUGCGACCGAAGAGAGGAGAGAGAGAGGGGGGAGAAAAAAAAAAGAAAGUAGUGCGAUGAGGAUGCUUCCCAGUGUCGGGAGUGUAUCUUUGGGAAAAGAGAGAACUUUUUUGAAUUAUGUACGUUGCGUUGUUUUGUGUAAAACAUUAUGACAAACGACAGCGCGUACCUUUGAUACACGUGAGAGAAAUCAAAGGGGAAACGAGAAGACCGUUAGUUACGCUUUUAGUACGCGCUGUAAACUUAGUUAAUUAUUAUCUUACCUAGACCUCUUGGAUGUCUUCGAUUAUAAAAGCUGAUUAUCAAAAAAACAAAAAAAAAAAAAAAAAGAGAAAAAAAAAAGAAAAAAAACAACUUAAACUCCAAGUGCAGCCAAAUUCGAACGGAGGCCAUCAUGCCCGGAUGAUUGAUCGGGCCUCCGAGAUCCACACAACCUGCCAACGAUGUACAAUUUCUUCUAGGCUCAUUUGUUCAUGUUAUAUCCGGUGUUUAAGCGACAUGAAUAAUCACAUCUGCGGCAGAUUGGAAAGAAAACAUUUCACAUCAUUUGUUAAUUUUGACCAAAACAAACUAUAAUAGUAUAUUUGCUGUUGCCAUAAAAAAAUAGGAAUACAAUAAGCUAACGGAUCUACAUAUAAUAAAUCAAUGUAUGUGCUACA